ACGCUACCGCGGCGCUCGGGAGAGGCGUGAGGAGGAGGAGGUGGGGGGGGGGGAUAGAUAAAUAAAACCUGGCUUCAUUUAGCAGCCCACCCGCCCGUCCGCCAAGCUUCGAAGCAGCGGCAGGUCUCCGGGCGAGGCAGCUGAAGCGCCGGGACCGCGGCCUCUCCCUAUUCUUUUCGCCCAAGAAGUGGCCCAGGUCUGGAGACGCUCUCUGCCUUCCGCCCAGCCUGGAAGUCGUGAGGAGCCGGGAAUGCCUCGGCGGCGCCGCUUUUUCCUUCUCCUUCUCCUCUGACCGGGCUCGGCUCCCUCCUUCGGCCCAUGGCUCCCCGCCGCUAAAAUAACGACAGCUCCUCCCGCCCACCCGCCUCCUCCAAAGGUGGUGUUGCGUUGUGGGUUUUUUUUUAAUUAUUAUUUUUUAAAAAAAAACCUCCCCGAGGUGGGAAGAAAGGUGUCCGCCGCCCCCGCCCAACCAGCCGCGCGCCCUCGGUCCGCCGACGCCGAUCCGCCCCGCUUGGCCGUCGAGAUGGCGGACCCAGCCGAAUGCAGCAUCAAAGUGAUGUGCCGGUUCCGACCCCUCAACGAGGCGGAGAUCCUGCGCGGGGACAAAUUCAUCUCUAAAUUUAAAGGCGAGGACACGGUCGUCGUCGGGCAAGGGAAACCCUAUGUUUUUGAUAGAGUAUUGCCUCCCAAUACAUCCCAGGAACAAGUUUAUAAUGCCUGUGCCAAGCAAAUUGUUAAAGAUGUUCUUGAAGGCUACAAUGGAACUAUUUUUGCAUAUGGUCAAACGUCUUCAGGAAAAACACAUACUAUGGAGGGGAAACUGCAUGACCCACAGCUGAUGGGAAUAAUUCCAAGAAUUGCACAUGACAUCUUUGAUCACAUUUAUUCCAUGGAUGAAAAUCUAGAAUUCCAUAUAAAGGUUUCCUACUUUGAGAUUUACCUGGACAAAAUAAGAGAUUUAUUGGAUGUUUCAAAAACGAAUCUUGCAGUACAUGAAGACAAGAACAGAGUCCCAUAUGUCAAGGGCUGCACAGAGAGAUUUGUGUCUAGUCCUGAAGAAGUUAUGGAUGUCAUUGAUGAAGGGAAAACAAACCGUCACGUAGCUGUUACCAACAUGAAUGAACACAGUUCUAGAAGUCACAGUAUCUUCCUAAUUAAUAUCAAACAAGAGAAUGUGGAAACUGAAAAAAAACUCAGUGGGAAGCUUUAUCUAGUAGAUCUUGCUGGAAGUGAAAAGGUCAGCAAAACUGGAGCUGAGGGAUCUGUUCUUGAUGAAGCUAAAAAUAUUAACAAGUCUUUAUCUGCACUGGGUAAUGUGAUUUCGGCAUUGGCAGAAGGAACUAAAACACACGUCCCAUAUCGAGACAGCAAAAUGACCCGAAUUCUCCAAGACUCCUUAGGUGGUAACUGUAGAACCACCAUUGUCAUCUGCUGUUCCCCAUCCAUUUUCAAUGAAGCUGAAACCAAGUCUACUCUAAUGUUUGGACAGAGAGCAAAAACAAUUAAGAACACAGUUUCUGUAAAUCUUGAACUGACUGCUGAGGAAUGGAAGAAGAAAUACGAGAAAGAGAAGGAGAAAAACAAGACAUUGAAAAAUGUUAUCCAACAUCUGGAGAUGGAGCUAAAUAGAUGGCGGAAUGGAGAGGCGGUACCAGAGGAGGAACAGAUCAGUGCAAAAGACCAGAAGAAUUUGGAACCAUGUGACAAUACGCCUAUCAUUGAUAACAUCGUUCCUGUUGUUGCCAGCAUCUCAACUGAGGAGAAGCAGAAAUAUGAAGAAGAGGUUACUAGUCUCUACAGACAGUUGGAUGAUAAGGAUGAUGAAAUUAACCAGCAGAGUCAAUUGGCUGAGAAACUAAAACAACAGAUGCUGGAUCAAGAUGAACUCUUGGCUUCUACCAGGAGAGAUUAUGAGAAAAUCCAAGAGGAACUCACUCGCCUUCAGAUGGAAAAUGAAGCUGCAAAAGAGGAAGUUAAAGAAGUUCUCCAGGCUUUGGAGGAACUCGCUGUUAAUUAUGACCAGAAAUCACAAGAAGUGGAGGACAAGAUGAGAGCUAAUGAGCAGCUGACAGAUGAACUUGCACUGAAAACAUCUGCUCUGUCAAGUACACAAAGAGAGCUGGGACAGUUGCAAGAACUUAGUAAUCAUCAGAAAAAGAGAGCUACUGAAAUAUUGAAUUUAUUGCUUAAGGACCUGGGAGAGAUUGGCGGAAUCAUUGGUACUAAUGAUGUGAAAACUUUAGCUGACGUGAACGGUGUGAUUGAAGAAGAGUUUACCAUGGCACGGCUGUACAUCAGUAAGAUGAAGUCUGAAGUAAAAUCUCUGGUGAACCGCAGCAAACAGCUGGAAAGUGCCCAGAUAGAUUCUAAUAGGAAAAUGAAUGCCAACGAGAGGGAACUUGCUGCCUGUCAGCUCCUCAUCUCUCAGCAUGAAGCAAAGAUCAAGUCUCUUACAGAUUAUAUGCAGAAUAUGGAGCAGAAGCGAAGGCAGUUGGAAGAAUUGCAGGACUCUCUUAAUGAAGAGCUGGCCAAAUUGCGGGCACAAGAAAAAAUGCAUGAAGUCAGUUUCAAAGAUAAAGAGAAGGAACAUCUGACUUUGCUACAGGAUGCAGAGGAAAUGAAGAAGACCCUGGAGCAACAGAUGGAGAGUCACAGGGAAGCUCAUCAGAAGCAGCUCUCUCGAUUACGAGAUGAGAUUGAGGAGAAACAAAAAAUUAUUGAUGAUAUAAGAGAUAUGAAUCAGAAGUUGCAGCUGGAACAAGAAAAACUGACUUCAGACUAUGAAAAAUUAAAAAUAGAAGAUCAAGAACGGGAAAAUAAAUUGGAAAAACUUAUAUUGCUUAAUGAUAAGAGGGAACAAGCAAGGGAGGAUCUUAAGGGACUGGAAGAAACUGUGGCUCGAGAACUUCAAACUCUUCACAACUUACGUAAACUCUUUGUUCAAGACCUCACCACCAGAGUAAAAAAAAGUGUUGAACUGGACAGUGACGAUGGAGGUGGAAGUGCUGCCCAGAAGCAGAAAAUUUCCUUCUUGGAAAACAACCUGGAACAACUUACAAAAGUUCACAAACAGUUGGUACGUGACAACGCGGAUCUUCGCUGUGAACUCCCGAAGCUGGAAAAACGACUCCGAGCCACAGCAGAAAGAGUGAAGGCCUUGGAAAGCGCUCUGAAGGAGGCCAAGGAGAAUGCCAUGCGGGAUCGGAAACGGUACCAGCAGGAAGUGGACCGCAUCAAAGAGGCUGUGAGAGCCAAGAACCUAGCAAGACGAGCACACUCUGCUCAAAUUGCCAAGCCUAUUCGCCCUGGUCAUUAUCCAGCAUCUUCUCCCACAGCCAUUCAUGCUAUUCGUGGAGGUGGUGCAUAUUACCAAAACAUGAAGUAAAUAACAGGCUGACCAGCUGGUACUUGGCAUGUGGAAGGUUGUCAUCAAUUCACUACUACUUUUUUUUACAGAGAACUGGAACUAUAUUUCUGUUCGUUGUACAUGUUCUACAGCCAUCGGCAAUGCACCGGUUUCAAAUGUUUCAGCUUUGCCCAAUCUCCAUGUGUACAGAAGUGUGUCCAAUGCACUUUUUUCUUUCCAAACCUUGUACAGUGUAUCUAACACGUUAUCCUAGGGUAAUAAUACACCGAGUCUGCUCCUCAAUCCCUGUCGUUAACUGACUGCCUUUUAGCCCUCUGUGCCACUUCUGUGGAAGAUUCUGUGCUUGCACUGAUGCUGUUUUGCUCUGUUUUAAGUACUCUGGUGCAUCAGUAAAACUGUGACAUCCAAGAAUUAGCCAUCGAACAACCAUAGCAACAAACCAGAUAAUUGGAUUCCCUCAUGAAUUUUUGAUUUUCUGUUUAAUAUGUGUAUCAUUUUAUAUUUUUGGAAACUGACAGGGUGCAGCUAUAUGGUUUAAAAAUAGCCUCCCCUCUCCAAUCUGCUUUCAGAAAAAUAAAGUACCUCAAAUAAUGCAUUUUUAUUACCCUGGUGAAAUGUUGAUUUUUUUUAAAAAAAAAAGGGUAGGGAGGAAAAGCUAAAUUAUGAGUACAUUUGCUCAGAUAACAGUAGAGAUAUAGAAGGAUGAAAAAGAACAUGGUUAGCAUAGUUUUAGUCUUAAAAUCCAAUGAUCAUGUGGGUACAUAAUAACCUCAAAGUUUAGGAUUUGACCUAUUAUGCCCCUUACAUUGGUUAGAUCUUCAAUUGAUUAUGCAGAAACAAUGGUUUUGAGGAAUAUGAAUAUUAAAAGAAAAUUUAGAACAGCAGGCGAAAGCUUAAUUUCUCCUUGAUUUUCAGAGAUCACGGUACAAGUCAGAUAUGUGGGGAAAAUUCUGCUCUAAUAAUUCCCCCCCCCCCCAAAAAAAAAAGAUUGACUAGGAAUAGGUAUGCAUGUUUAGAGUGCAGAGCAAAAAGAAAAAAAGAAUGAUUGAAAUAAUCUUACCAAAAUCCUGAGCAUUUAUAACAUUAGAUGCUAAUAGUGAACCUUAGGGCAAUUGGCCCAAGAGAAUGGUGUAGUACGCUCUCAUUGUAUUCUUACUUAAUGACAGACAUGGGGUAUUAAAUUGUAUUUUAAGUGGAAGACAUGGAUAACCAUAGAACAGGUAGAUAAACAAGUGUUACAUCUGUAGUUUAAUGUGCCAGUUGUAUUUAUUUUGCAUAUGCUUCAUAUAUACGUUGAAAACCAUGCAUAUGAACAUGUGUUAUCUCAAAAAAUUAUGAGGUUCAAAAUGACUGAAUUUCAAUUUACAUUUAUUCCAUUCUGUCGCUGUGGCUUUCACUAACAUUAACAGUAAAUUUGGGGAUGCUAAUUUUUGGGGGGAGGGAAUACUUUUGCCUAAAAAGCUAUUCUGCUAUAAAGACUUUAGAAAGAUGGUUAUCAGAUAUUUUAUCACGACAUAGGUUAGGUAUUCUCAACAGUAGCAAGGAUUGAUUGGUCUUAUUUAAUUUAUUAAUUGCACUAAUUAUGAGGGAAGGGAGAAACUUUUGCGACGUGUUUAGUGAAAUAUCUUAUUUUGGGUUUAUUUUGUUAUUUUUUUUGUAAAUGUUUGUGUUUUUAAAAUAUUAUUACACAUGUAUAUACACUGUCCACCACUUGAAGUGUGAAUUUGCCAUAUUCAGUCCUUUUUCUGGGAUUAAUAAGGCCAUCUUUUUAGUUGUAAAUUGUUGAACACCAAGUUACAUGCACACACAUGAAGUUUACAUGCAUAUACACAUAAAGCUCCCAGUUGGUAAAAAACAAACCAACCCUGGAACAAUAUUUGAAGAAAUUCCAGCCAGGACAUCCCAGUAAGAUACAUUCUAAAUAUUCCAACUAGAAUGUGUAACAUGGAGGAUGUUUCAAGCAAUCUCACUAUAACUAUUUUCAUAGGCAAAUGAGCUCUUAGAACGCACAUGUUUAGUUUUAAAACAUAAUUUCAAAUGACUCCUUUUUGUGCAUUUAAAUAAUAUUGCUUAAGAUGUUUUGAUACUGUGAAUGCAAUCACUAUGCCUGAUCAAUCCCCACUGAUAGGAAUGAGAACUAGGUACUAUAGUUUGACAUUAAGCACUUUUGAAAUUAAAAAUUGUGAGGUUAAUAGGGUGCUUAUAUUAGGAUGUAAGGAAAAGUUACCUUUGAGGCCCCAGAACUGUUAGUUGCUGAUCAGCCAGUCAGUUCUUCUAACUUAAGUUUCUUUGACUGGGGCCUCAGAACUAAUUUUUUCACUUUGGUCAAAGAUGGCAGAUUGAAUUCUGAAAUGGGACACAAAGACACAGUAUAUUGCAGUGCUUAGGGAUGUAUUUUGAAAAUGAUCCACACACUUUUAUUAUGUCACUGACUUAUUGCUGCUAGAAUUGCUUUGUGUGAUAUUUCUAAACCAUUCUUUUAAGUUUUUGAUACUAAUUUUACAGUUUGUUUGUAUUGCUUCCAAAAUGCCAGAGAUGUGAUUUACUCUUUAAAAUGUCCAUUUCCUCUUUGCUUCUUUUAUAGUUACAGUUUGACAUUCUUUAAAUGAUAGGAAGAUUUUGAGUUUAAUUCUUGAAAACUCAAUAACUAUGUUAUAUACUUAUAAAAUUUUCUGACUGAAAGUGAAGCUUGCUUCUAAUUUCAAUCAUACUUUCUUUAUAGUCAUAGUUUUUAUUUAUGUACAUCCUUGGGAUAACUUUUUAAUUUAGCCGUCUGCCACUGAGACAAUGGAAAGAUUCUGACCAUACUUGCUAAAAUUACAUUCUGCUGAAUUAAGUUAAGAAUGGAUUAUUCUGAAUUAAUUAGCUUGAAAUAAUGUAAACUGUACUAAUAUCUAAAAACUGGCUUUUAAAAAAUCUGAUCCCCUAGUCAAUGAAAAAAGAGCAAACAACAUAUUUUGUUACUUCAUUUAUAAAUGAAAAUACUUCUUUUCUUAAAAACAACACAGUCCCAAAGCUUAUCUUUCAUAUAGCAAAUAUAUUUCUUGUUUAUUAGGUUUAUUCCACAAAGGACUACUGCAGUUUUUGUGGGUUCUUUGGGUGUCUCUAUCCCCAUCAUAGGCUGUGUUAUAAAAUAGGUUGUGCAGUAUAAGCUGUAGCUUACUGGUGAUGAAUUGGUCCCCUAAGCCUUUAUAGUCUGAGGCAAGAAUAUGAACAUAGCAGAAUUUUGGGAUGAUGCCUCAUUGAAAAGCAAUUUGUUAUGGUUCCUUAUAAUGCCUUUUUGAACCAAGAACACAAAGGAUAAUUGUCUUUUUGGGCACCCAUACAAAACUAUUUCUAAGAUUUGUGUCUUACACCUAAAUAAUUGUGUCUGUCAUUUUUUAAAAACUUCUUUUAAUAGUGGAAGAUGUGAAGGAAGAAUAGGGAUUGAGGCAUUCUGUAGAAGUAUACAUGUCUAGUUUAUAAAGUUUGUAGUGUGUAUUCCAAAUGUGUAUUCUCUGGGACCUAUGUAUCUGUACAAUAGCUUGUUUUAGGGAAAAAUGAAAUGUGGAUCUUUUUUCUGAUGGUUACAAUCUCUGGGGAAAUUUCCACAUAAAAGAUGCUGUAAUGAAUUUAGCUCUAUAACAGCAAACCUAAAUCUCCCCUUUCUUCUCUAUAGUUAAGUCUUUGGAUCUUGGUUCUAAAAUACUAUCUAUAAAACUGUAUGGAUACACUCGCAGACUGCAUGAUGUAUCAUCCAAAACCUGUUUAAGUAGAAAUAAAAUUUAAGUAAAAUCUU